AUGAGAUUGUGGCUUUUGGAUAUCCAGUAUAUCUUCAGAGACAAUUGCUACAGUAUUGCUGACGUGGUUUCUCCUAAUUUUCAUAGUGCAAUCAAAAUUAUCUUCAGCUCUCUGACAUUGAUCGAAUCUUCUUUUUUGUUUCUUGUCCAAUAUAUGACUGUUUCAAUCAUCUGGGAUGAGACUAUCCAGCCCAAGUUGGAUGCUUCAAUAUGUAUUGUGAGUGUUGGUAGUGAUAGUAUUGGUUUUCUGAUUGCCAACCCAUUUGUGGCUUCUGCGUUUUUGACUCACCAGUUCAACUCCUUUUGUGCUUCCAAAGAUAAAGGGCAGCUUGCUUCCCAUCUUGUUGAUCUCGCUUGA